UUUUGAGGAGAGAUUGGGUGAAAGUCAGUUUGUGUGUGGUUGUAACGUAGUAACGGGACGAAAAGAGAGCGCGAGAGCUUUAAGGACAAUGACGUCAACAGCAUCUAUAAAAACGUGAGAGCUGAGAUGGGAUUUUAUUUGCAACACCUGAACCCACACUUUAAAGCCAGCUGCUCUGCACUGCGAGAAAAGGUCCUGUGACUUUAAGCAGUUUGGAAAUAAAUUUGGAUAUAGAGAGCUCGAUAAAUGGAUAAUAGUGACUUAUAAAUUAAAAUUGUUGUACACUUCUGUACGCCCAUUUCCAUCACUGAGCGUUGCCCUGGAAACCUUCGAUGUGUUAUGUCAAUAAAGGCAGUCAAAAUACAGCCGGUCCUUAAAAAGAAGUUGAGCAGAAAACAAGCGAAGGAUCAUAGAAAUGCCGCUGCUGGAGGCUCCUGCCGAGUACCUGGACUCGUCGCCGGAUCACUCCCUGCAGGCGGAGCUGCCCGUCCUCCUGGCUCCUCCGGGUCCGGCGGCCUUGGCCCAGGUCCGGAUGCCGCCGCCUGAGGUGCGCCUCAACCAGCAGAAUCCCGCCCAGCAGCAGCAGCUCCCAAGGGUGCAGCUCAACCGCAGGCUGCUGGUCCGCCGGAACUCCUUCGAUCGGGAUGUCCCCGUUACCGAGGAGACCCAGCACCUGCCGGCCUUCGUCCACUUGCUGCCCGUGGUGCUGCCCCAACAGGCGCCGGAACCCACAUUGGAUGAGUUACUGCGCCGCGUGACACAGCGCACGGAUCUGGAGGCGGUGGAGUCGGUGCGCCUGCGCGUCAUCUCCUACACGAUCAGCCUGUCCCGCCUGUCGCUCUUCCUGCCGCGUCUCCAGAGCCUCGACCUGAGUGGCAGUGUGCUGAGCUCGCUGCGGGACCUCGGCUACGGACUGCUCCAGCUGACCCGGCUGGACAUCAGCAACUGCGGCCUGAACAGCUUCGACGGGACCAGCGGACUCCCUGCCAUCCGGGUGCUCGUAGCCGAUGGCAAUAUGAUCCAGCGCGUGGAUCCGCUGGCGGAACUGGCUCACCUGCGAGUCCUGCGGGCCCGGAACAACCGGAUCAGCGAGCUGGGGCUGCUCUCCUUCCUGGGCAUGUGUCCGCAGCUGCAGGAGGUGGAGCUGCAGGGGAACCCGGUCUGCCGGCUGCCCCUCUACCGAUCGCUCCUCGCCCGCAGUGUGCCCACUUUGCGGCUGCUGGAUGGAAGGGUGCUGAACUCCCCGACGGAGCUGGAGGAGCCUCCGUCGCAGUCGUCCAGCGAUCUGGAGUCUGGCUCCGAGGCGAUGCCCCAGCGACCGGCCACCGCACCAGCUCCUGUUCCAGAUCCCGAUCCCGAUCCCGUUUCCAUUCAGAUCAGCCGGAAUCCUGGCAUCCGGCGGCAAAUGUCCGCCAGUUCCGCCUCCACGCCGGUGGCCGGAAGUGUUCUGGGUCUGGUGCGGCAGCGGAGGCGACGCAGUGGCCACGCCUGGGUGAGCUCCUCCUCCUCCUCCUCCGGCUCUGCCUCCAGCGGUUCGUCGUUCGCCUCGUCGGCCAGGUCCACCAGGGCUCCCUCGAUGAGCUCCUGCUCCUCCAACAGCAGCCUCGAUGUCCACUCGUCCAAUUACGCUUUUAGCGCGCAGUCAACAUUGGAUUAAGAUGAACUGUCUCCCGGAUUCAAUCUUUAUCAAGGCACUCCAACGCAAUAUCCACAAAGAUACUAAAGUUGGUAAUAAAUGGAGAUGGUUCUCAAGUUUGUUUCAA